AGUCUACAGAUUGAAAUGAGCCCGUGUUUUCUAGGUUGAAACAGCUAGAGAUCGUCUGUUUUGUAGAUUUUCUCUAAUUUUGUAGAUUUUCUCUUGCAUAGAGAAAAUGUGUGGAGGAAGUGUAAUAUCACAAUUUAUACCCGGCAAAACGACCGGCCGGAAAACUACUGCUAGAGACUUAUGGAAAAGCUUUGACAAAUUUUCAGCGUACCAUCUUGAUAAAGUCUUUCCUCAACCACUUGAUGGUGCAGAUCUCCAUUGUCAGAGAAGAGAGCAGGAGAAAAGUGUGGUAAAGAAAGCAAAGGAGAAGAAGAGGAAGGCCUGUCCUUUGUACAGAGGGCUGAGGCAGCGUCCCUCUGGCAAAUGGGCUGCAGAGAUCAGAGACCCCAUCAAGGGAAUUAGGGUUUGGCUUGGAGCUUACAACUCACCCGGGGAGGCUGCAAUUGUCUAUGAUCGUGAAGCUCCAAAGAUCAGAGGGAAAAAGGCCAAGCUCAAUUUUCCUAGCAAUGGUAUUACCAAAGACAACUCUACGAACAUGCUGAAUGGCCCGUAUUGAAUCUCUGUCAAAUAAAAGCGAAUCUUUUAGUUGUUGCCCUGAGAAUAACAAGGAGGAACCUUUGGUGAUUCCGGUACUAGAUCAUGGUAAGGAAAGAGAGUGGCUUACCCCUGAAGUGCCUGAAGCAGCAGUUCAUGAGUAUAUGGAACAAUUGGAGAAAGUAUUGGAAUUGAAUCCUCAAGACGCCCAUGAGCUAUUUUGUGAAUCUGAAUCAUCAGCCUCUUUGGAUAGUAUUCUUGAAGAGGUAUAUGAACGCACAACUCAACUAGAGUCUCCUAAAUCAUUUCAAUGCACCGAGGGGUUAUUCGACUGGGAGGUGGGUUUGUAUGAGUCCCCAUGUUUGGAAAGAAAGAAGAAUGAAUUUCUUCAGGAGGCCUGUCUAAUAGAGCCGCCAUUCCUUAAGAGGGAGAAUCAAGCUGACGAGGGGUGGAUUGAAAAUGAGGAAAUCCCGUGGACCAAUGUUUAUUAAACUCAGGUUUUAUGUAUCCAUAUCUUAGUUCUGCAUUCAUCUUUGUUGAUAGUGAAUGGGUUCCCAUUCUUGUAUCGCUUUCUUUAUCUUCUAGAGCUUGUUAUUGUAUAGUUGAAGGGACCAAAAAUGGAUGGGUAUAUGUAUUUAUAACAAGUUUUAUUACAAUGCCCAAGGCCUUAGGUACUAGAGAGUGAAUGAUUUCCAAAUCUGCUAUCAUUUCCUUUAGUUUUUAGGGCUUCUUAUUGCCAAGUUGAACUGAUCAAUAAUGGAGGUAUGUAUAUAUAACAUGUUUUAUUACAA